AUCCCUUCCUUCAGUGACUAACUAGAAGUGGUGGGAGGUGUUCGUCGCUGCGGACUGUGGCGCUUUGUGUUAUGUAGCUGCGGGUAUCCUAUUAACAGCAACCAUGACCACCUCCAACCAGCGGGAGAGCCAGAGACUGUUCGACUACUUUGCCAUCAUCGGCCUGAGUCCCGAUGGAGGGCUGGAACCCGACCGAUUGCAAGGGGAGGAGGUGGUGGUGCCGCCCUUGGAGAGGAGCUACCUGGCGCGGGUCCUCGGCCACUACCCAGACCACGCUCCCCCGGCCAUGCCCUUCGAUAGUCACGCUGUUCAGAUGCUGUGUCUCCCUCGCGGGCUUCAGUUCCGCACACAGAAGCACAUGUUAGAGCCGCGCUUCCACCCAUUCCUGGUGACGAAGGAGGACGGUUCAAGGGGCCACGGGUUCGCCUAUGUUUUCUACGAGGAGGUCAACUCGAAGCAGAUUUGCACCGCCAUGCACACACUCCAGUCAAUUUACCUCACGGAGAUGUCUAGCAGCCACGGGAAGACCACUACAGGGACGCCCACCAACACACGAGACACGCGCUCCCUCCCUAGGCAGUUUCGUCUCUCCUCACCCAAGUCCCCUGCGGCACUCCACUUCUACGACAUCACCAAGGACCAGCUGUACGUCACCAAGUGCAUCACCUUAGUGGGGCAGCAUCCCUACGUGUACGCCGCCAGGAAGUUCCUCAAGGAGCUCUAUAGGUUCUUCAUCCAGUGUGAGAGCAGCUCAGUGAGUCUGGAGUCACACGUGUACAACCUGCUGUAUGAGGUACCGGCCCCUGCUGGCCGCUGUGUCGCCCUGUCCUGUGUUGGCCGGACCCACAUCUGCCAGCGCCCCACCAGCCACGAGCUGCCCCUGUUUGAGUAUUCGCUGAGGGAGUUUUUCCUGUGCCUGGGUGUGGAGAGUGUGGUGCAGCUCCUGACAUGUGUGUUGAUGGAGAACCAAGUCAUUCUGGUCUCAAGUGACUACUACAAGCUGAUGCUGGUGGCGGAGAGCAUCUGCAUUCUCAUCUUCCCCUUCGUGUGGCAACAUGUGUACGUGCCCAUCCUGCCAUCCUCCCUCCACCACUUCCUGGAUGCCCCAGUGCCUUUCAUCAUGGGCCUGCAGUGCUCUCAUGACUCCAGGGACACCAUACAGAUACCAAAUGAAGCAAACCUUUGUCUGGUGGAUGUGGAUGAGGGUACAGUGGAGGUGCCAGAAGAUCUGCCACAGUUCCCCCACCGAGCAGACUUCAUCCAGGAACUCACUCAGCUCCUCAACAAGUGGGAGGUGCCAACAGGGAAGCUGGACAGGAAGUCAGCCGCCCAGGGCUCCGGGGCAGACCACUGGACCUCUGACUACCAGAGUGGCACCAUGCCGACCAAACUCUCGUGGAACCUCAACGAACACCACAGCCAGUACAAGUACAGGAGGCGACGCAAGUUUUCCUGGUCCCACGACUCAGACUCAGGGGUGUCCAGCAGAGGCUCCAUCAGCGGCUCUCACUCCUCCAUCGCCUCCGUCACUACCUCCUCCUCCCCGUCACCCCUGCAGGGCUUCAUCCCCACCAGCAACAAGAUGUACGGCUUCGAUGCCUUCCAUCUCUCACCGCAGCUCAAGGAGAUCACCGCCAUUGCCAAGAAAGCUGGUGUGUUUGACUCAGAGGAGGUGGAGAGGAUCAAGCAGGAAGGUGAUCCUGAGAUGCUGGAGGAGCUCAAGUUCAACAAUGCAGUGAGGGAAGUGUUCCUCAAUCGUUUUGUGCACAUGUUCUGCGCCUACGAUCACUUUGUCAUCCAGCCAAACUGUCAGGGCACAGACAUGGAGCAGUGGCUGUGCUGCAGAGAGACAGUGCAGAACUUUGACAAGGCCACAUUCCUCUCAGACCAGCCUGAAGUCCACCUUCCAUUCCUCUCUCGCUUCAUUGAGACGCAAACCUUCACCUCCCUCGUCGACCACAAGAUUCUGGCUAACUGGGGCAAGAACAACUCCAACCUGAGUAUCUUUGAGCUGCGCAUCAGGCUACUCAGGGAGCGGUACGAUGACAGCUUGGUGCGGACGCCUUCCUACGAGACCUGCACCACCAUCAAGGAGACAGAGCAGAUCCUGGAGAAGCGGCUGGCAAACAUCGACUACCGUGCCCCGCUGCCGCAGCCCAUGGACCCCCAGGCCGAGUCCUGCACUCAGUUCAACCCGGGCCACUUCCCACUGCUUGACAGGAUUGCUCUCAACAAGGAGCCACAUAAAAGCAAGAAGCGCAGUAGUCACGCAUGGCGGCGACGGGAGCGACAGGAGCGGCACUUGGAACACACGGGUCUGUCGGGCGACCAGCGGGACAAGGUGAUUCACGAGGCCAAGUCAAAACUGCAGCCCAAGUUAGCAGACAUGUCGCCGGCCUACAUGGCACAAACCAAUUGGAAGUUUGUGGAGCAGCUUCUCAAGGAGUGUAAGAAUCGCACCAAACGCAUGCUGGUGGAGAAGAUGGGCUCUGAGGCAGUGGAGCUGGGACAUGGUGAGGGCAGCCUGGUAGGUGUGGAGGAGAACACACUCAUCGCCUCUCUGUGUGAUCUGCUAGAGAGAGUCUGGGCUCAUGGGCUGCAGAGUAAACAGGGUAAAUCUGCUUUGUGGUCGCACUUGCUCAACUUCCAGGAAUUAGAAGACUGCAGCGACUCCUCAAAACCCGACAACCCAAACUUCUUGUCCCCAGCUCUUCAAAACACUUCACCAAAGAUAAGCAGCUUGUCACCCUUGUCGGAGAUUGUCUUAUCCAUUAGGAUGGGUAACAUUAGUGGUCUUGGGUAUCUGGCAUCACAGUUAGCAAAUAAUUUUGACCUCUCCACUGUGGCCCUGGAGACUGAGAGUGCCCCGGCCUCCCCAACCAAGUCUUCAAGCAACACCAAUAGCCUGCAGAAGAAGCCCCUGCAGGACCGCUGGCCACCAGACCGUAGCGGUGAGAGACGUUCCCGCGCCCAGGACUCCUCCUCGGGGGUGCCCACCUUGCGACCUCUCCCUAUCUCCGUGACCUUUGACAUGCGCAACGUCCUGGCCAUGACGGAGAUCAAGACACACAUUGGCUAUGCGAGGGCCUGGGUGCGGCUGUCCCUGGAGAAGAAGGUCCUGUCCAAGCACCUGACAGUCCUGCUAGGCAACGGUAAGCUGCUGCAAGACCUCUACAAACGCUACGCCUUCCUGCGCUGCGAGGACGAGAAGGAGCAAUUCCUCUCCUACCUACUGUCACUCAAUGCCGUGGACUACUUCUGCUUCACCAACACCUACACCUCCACCAUGGUGCCAUACAGGGUGGUGAUAUUCCCCUCCCGCAAGUUGAGUGGUGCCAGUACAUCAUCCAAUGCCUGGGUCAGUCUGGGCGGCACUCUAGGGCAGACCAACAACAUUCCAGUGCCAAGGAACCAAGUGGAGCUGGUGUUUCAGCACAAGAACCUGGGGCUGCUGACCACACUGCGCAUCGGCCACGACAACACCGGCAUGUCUCCAAAGUGGAUGGUGGAGCAUGUGCUGGUGAGGAACGAAGUCACCGGCCACACCUGGAAGUUCCCCUGCGGCCGGUGGCUUGGGCGGGGCAUUGAUGACGGCUCCCUGGAACGCAUCCUGGUGGGGGAGCUGGUACCCUCACACAUAACCUCUGAUGAUCUGGUGGAGUCCUGCCGCACCCCAGUAAGAUGCAGGUCUCCAAACAUGCCUGGUCCUCGCCGCUCAGACCUCAAGCUUACUAUAGCAGACAUCCAGCAGCAUCUAGGUGACUCAGUGAACAACCUGGUCAAGUAUUUCUACAAGCCUGAGAAGGAGCGGGGCAGCCUCACCCUGCUACUGUGUGGGGACUUUGGUCUGGUCUGCUGUCUGGAGCAAGUCUUCUCUUACGGCUUCAAGUCCACCAGGUUUUUUGGGAAGAAUCUCUACCUGUGGGAUUAUUUUGAGAGAAUCCAGCAGCAUUUUGAGGUGCUGCUGCGGGAGGAGGCAGAGAGGGAGCAGCUUACCGGCAUCACAAGGGACGGCCGGGACCAUGGACUGAAGAGCAUGGGAGAGCUGGUGGGCUUGGUGUCCCGCAUCAACGCUUCGUCCUCACACCUGGGCAAAGAUGACAAGUUUCAGCUCUUUGUGUGUCUGGCAGCAAGGGCCCAUCUCCUGCCACGCAUCCUCCUGCCCCUCCAGCGCUCCCCUGUCACCAGCCACAUGUAUGAUGAGUCGUCCUUCCUGCGAGACCCUCAGCUGGUGCGGGAUCUCAUCAACGUCCUGUCGGCCCUCAAUGACUUUGACAUCGUCCUUGAAAGUUCACUGACAAGAGGGAUUGACUAAUCUGCUUCUUUACUAGUUUUGUUGUGAUUUCAUAAGGUAGCAUCACUUGCAACUUCCUCCCAGCUAUUGCUCAUUGUAAUGGUUGCACAGGUGACUUGCUGUUCUUUCUAGGCUGGGACUGGGCAGCUUGUUCUGCAGCCAGCCACCAGUCACGUAACGGAGAUCAAAGUGUGCACAGUCAUACAUACAGCCUGUCCAGGUCACAGGGUCCCUUUGUGGGGUUGAAACCAAAGUGUUAAGGAACCGGCAUAGGACGGAAAGUCAAGAGAAACGUAAGGUUAAGAUGUGGAGUACAUAGAGAGUUUACAUAGAGAAAGUAAGGCUUUAUCAAAAAUUUAAAAAGUUAAGUGAUAGCAUUUAGUGUGAUAGAAUGUCUUAGGAAACAAACUGUAGAGGCUCUUAAGAACAAGAAUAGGCCUGAAGAAAUUGGAUAGGAUGAAUAGAAGUUUUAUAAUUAUAGGUCUUUCAGAUUUUCAUCUAGGGAAAUGACAUUUUAGAAGACAGUAAAGACCAGUAAAUGAAAGAUUCAUAGUAGUACUAAGUGUUGUAGAAAGUAAGGAAAGAUGAAAGUUUGAGUAGAUAUCUACACUUCAAGACAUCAAAAAGGAACCUAAGUUUUGUGUUUCAUGAGAUGAUAAAAAGCACAAGUGAUGUGAACAUGAAAGUACAAGUCUUAUUGCCAAACUUGACAUUGUAAGGAGUUUAAGUUUUAAAAAGGAAGAAGUUAUUGCAAUAAAGAUUGAAGACCAAUGAACAAGAAGUAUCAAAUAUGAUUAUAAAUAUAAUUAUUAUUUUAAAGCUAUAAAUUUAUAUAAUGUUGAUAUAAGUCAAUAUUUGGUUCCUCAAACUGUCAGGCUUUAAGAGACUUUAUUUUUCCAUAUGUACUGACCACCCUUUUCUCGUUCCAAAAGAGGAACUUGUGCCAUUUGCUUCUUCACUGUAGUGACAUGUAUCAGUUGUCUAGUGGAGGCACUAAAGCUGCACUCCACUCAUUGUUCUCUCCCUGUUCUCCGUAGACAGUGACAUACGCUUGCCAGCUUUUCAAUAUCCUGUUUUGUAAUGUAACUGUUGAUUGUGAGGGCAUAAAGGGGUCAUGAGAGGGCUUGUGCUAGAAGAGGAACAUGGCAGGUACAAAAAAAUACUCAUCAUUUCCUGCUGUUCAGUUUUUAGAGUUGUCUGUGUAUGAGGCAUUUUACCUGUAGAUAUUUCAUGGUGUAAGGAAGUGUGUGUGUAGCUGCUCACUCUGUUGGGCGUUAUAUUUUGGUAUACUCAGACCAAAUAUUGUAUAGUAUUGUCAUAUUUAGUUUCUCUGGUAUUUAGUGGCAGUUACAGUAAUUAUGAUUGGAUAUUAUGUUGGUGUUCAGCACUCACUACUGACUUGUACAUAACAGGAAAUUUAUCAUUACGAUUCAGAAGUCUAAAAGCAUAAAUUUUGUUACGUAUGAAGAUUGAAGCAGGACGUGUUCCGUUCUCUGAUUACAAUCUGGCUCAGGUGUUUCAAGAAGAGGAGUUAACUAUCAUGUACGUAUUUUGUUGUUUGUACACUGAUCUUGUAAAGUGUUUGAACUUUGUCAAAUUUGUCAGCCUGGUCCCGCCAAGGUGCUGCUGCUGUCUCAUUGAACCAGUAACUGCUGUACAUUGAUCCAACCCUCCCUUUGACCCAACUAAGUCAUAAUGUUCUGCCCUCCAGUCGACACAUAAUGUUAAGGUUUCUUAUGGUGAAUGUUCCACCACUACAGUAAUCCUCAAACAAGCUGUGUUUUGUAUAUCUCUUAAGAAAGAAAUACCAAAUACUUAAUUUAUUAAGGAGAUGAUCAGGUUAUUCCAGUUUUCUUUUUUUUCAGGUUGUCUUUUAUCAAUAAUUCCCAGUCAAUAGUUACUGCUGGUGUGGGUUCAGAAGGCUAGGUGUUGUAGUGGUGUACUGCCUCGCCUUACCUCGCUCAGCAUGGUGAGGGAGGGAGUGCACCACAGGAGUGAGUGGAACCCCAGGCUGGUCCAGGGUGUGGAGAGGUCUGCUGCCACAGAGUGGUGUGGUGAUGGUGGUGAGUACCCUGCAGGUUCCCUGAACUGUGAUAUUUGUCAUGUUCAUAAUGUCAAACAUCUUGUGUGUCUUCUUGUUCAUGUUGAAGAAUUCCCAUGCUUGUGAACAGGCAAAAACCAAAAAAAACUUCUGUGUCAGAUUAUGAACAUGACCGUCGCUGGCUGACUCCGUGAGGCAGCCUGACAAUACUCAAUUUUCUAGUGAGUACAAAAGUGGUACUCCUGCAACAGUGCUAAACAUGAGUGUUCUUAGAAAAUUCACUUGUACAUUAUAAACUGUGCAAGGACAAUAUUGAUUUUGUACUUAUAGUACAAGCUGUUACACUUGUGAAAAGUGUGUUAGUACAUACUGUAUACUUAAGAAAAGUGUGCUGUUCCUAGCAAAUAUAGUUUAUUUUAUUUAUGUUAAAGCCUGGAGCUGGAGUUACUGCUCAACUGUCACUACUGACGGUUUCAAUGCAUCAGUGUAUUGCAUGUUUUCAUUGUAUAAAUAAAGAUACCCCUGUGUA